AUGGACGACUGGGCAGAAAGAGGACGGCCGGUUGUGCGCGAAGCUCUCAAUCAUGCUUUGGAGGUGAUUGACCGCGAGCUCCAAGCAGAGAACCGCAAACUGCGAGCUCAGCUAGCAGCCAUAUCCUCCAGCGCCUCUACAACCUGCUCAGCAACCCCCGUCGAAGAUGAGGCGUCGGCGAGUAAAGACGUCCCCGCUUCCAGCAUCGCACCCGCGCAGCCAAUUCCAGCCUCUUCCGCCACCAAAACACCUCCGCCUACCUCAACCGGAUCCGAGAACGCUGAGCUUAUCAAAUCUAAACUGAGAUUCAACGCCCUCGCAGACAAUUUCAAGAAAGCAAAGGAGGCUCUUCGAAAAAGAAAAGACGAACGUGAUUUGUGGAAGGAACGGGCAAAGACGUUGGAAAGUCAAGUUCGGGCUUUUGAGGAGAAGCAUGGCAUGCGAGUCUUGGAACAACAGGAGGAUGACCGCCCCGAGGCAUCACACGCGACACGACCUGUUUCCGAUAUGCCGCCCCCUGGUGUUGAACCAACAUUGCCUCCCAUUCUGCCGGAGACAUUGGAUCGCGAACACGUCGGCAGCAUAGUGGAUCCACUGUUGCAGUCUACCCAAGGCGAUUCUGACGAAUCUGAGACGGAAGAAUUGCCUCUUCUGCCGACAGAUGACCGAGAUCAAGGCGCGCCUGUAAUCAAAUCAGAACCAUCUUCGGACGUUCCGGUUGUGGUUUCCGAAAAAAUAUUGAAACGGAGACGGGUGGAAGAGGAUGGACCUGCAGUUGCAGCCUAUUCGAGAAUCAAGGCCGAAUCGACGAGCUCUAGCCCGAUUACUGCCUCGGAGCACUAUCACUUUGACAUCCAUGAAAGCAUCGACCUUGAUGAUAUAGCACAGAGGAUAACAACCCCUCGGAAGCGCAAGGACCUGGAGGCUCUAGCAGCUGCGGAUGGAAGUGCAAGGACUGCCCUGAAGCUGGAUUACGCACGUCUGGAUACCUUGCAGCAGCCGGCUGGGUGUCUCCAGGGGCCAUCGGUGCUCACUCCGAUAAGCGGCAAUAAGAGAAUGACUGGGUGGACUGCCGAUGAGAAAAAAGGUCCCCCGAAAGCUACAUUGGCCCGUGGUAUCGCAACACUAGCUGAGGAUGGCGCCUUUUACGGAAAGGAGAGGCUCAACAGAGCCUUGGAAGCUAUGCAAACACCUACUUCAAUGGCCAAAGGCCGCUUGAAUACGCUGCUGAACACUUCGACUCCCGAUAAUGCGGCUACUAUUUCACGAACUCCUCAAGCGCGCCAUUCGGAGCGAACUUCGGGUGAACACACACCCCUGGAUCUCCUCUUCCCCGAACCUCGGGAGCUGCCAUUUGAGAAGAUGAUGCGACAGACCAAAAAGCGUAGAGUAUCCACCGCUGGCCUCCGCCACAAACCUUUGUCCGAACUCCGCCUUGAUGAUUUCAAGGUCAACCCCUUGGCGAAUGAGGGGCAAGAUUUUGCGUUUUCGGAAGUUGUCAGAGACAAGAAUGAAAGGGCAGCGCUCCGAGGCUGCACUGAUAUGCACUGCUGUGGAAAGCAUUUCAGGGCAUUGGCGCUAUCACAACGGCCAGAUCCACCGCUGACAGCGGCGCAGCGGCAAGAAGAACAGAAGCUGCUGGAGGAGUACUUGGGGGACGAUGCGUGGCGACUGGCGUCCAUGGCGAAGGAUGAACGAGAUGAACUCUGGGUUAAAGCAAAGACCGAAGAGCUGGCCAACAAAUACGGCAGGCAUAGACAUCGCUUCUCUCGCAUGCAGUCUCCGCCGGGAUUCUGGAACGCUGAUUUCCCAAAUACACAGGAGCUGGCGGCUGACAAAGAGGAGGCUCUGAAACGAGAGAAGCGAGCAAUUGCGGAGAGGCAUAGAGAGGCUAUGCGCCCCGGUGGCAUGUGGCUGUUCAGGGACGAAUAG